AACGAUGAUUUACUUUUACGACAAGACGUGCUUUUUUAAUGCGUUUGGAUCAUGAGAUUAUGUCAUGCAAAGUACAUACAUUUUCGGAGGUUUUUUUAAUAACAAGUGACAAUUUAUUUAUUAUUUAUUUUUAUUAUGCAAUGGGAUACAAUUAGUUUCAAUUAAUACUUUGAAAGGUUGUUCCAAUUGUUCUCUUAUUAGUGUAUAGCAUUAUUCAUUUUGUCUAAUUGGUUAGAAAAAUAGAUUAGUCUGAGAGCUAUGUCCAAUGAAGAGCGCUUAAGAAAGCUCUUAUCAGAUCUAGGAAAGGCUACCCUUCGUGGAGUCCGAAAGUGCCCAAAAUGUGGCACUUACAAUGGCUCGCGUGGUCUCUGCUGUAAGAAUAAAUAUUGUGAUGCUGUGUUCAAAGAACCUGGCGAAAAACGGAAAUUAUCUACAGAAGCAUGCAAACUCAUCACAGGCUCGUCAGCACAGGUGUUCUCUGUACGAAUCAGAGACAAAGGGCCUGAUUAUCGGGGUUUUGUACAGUUACCUUUGAUAAAUGCUAAUGAUAUUACAACAUUCAUUUCGCAAACAACUGCAUUAUGUUUUGUGGACAGUUGCGAGAGGAGUUUUGACACCAGUGUACUCAAGUGUCAUGAAAAAGAUUAUUCAGAUACUGUAUCUACAUGUCAGCACAUUCAAGCAGCAUUAAAAUGCUAUGCAGAAGCACAGCCAUUAACUUUAAAAAAUUCUAUUCUGUCAUCAUUGAAUGUAAAUAAUGAAACAAGGCGAGAGAUAUGGUUAUUAGCAACAGAAACUUCUGGUCCUUUAGUACAAAGAGUCUCAAAGAAUAUAAUGGCAGUAAAAUGUAAAGCUUCCCCAAAACAUCCACUAGGAUAUCUUCAUUUUUCUUUUAUUAGUAAAUUAAAGGAUAGAAUCGAGCAUCGUUAUUUUUGCAGUUGUACUACAUUUAAAGGUACGAUAAAGACAGGAGGAGAAAAAGUAGAUGGUACUUUGUCACAACCAAAACGAUGUGUGCACUUUUAUGCAUGUAUUUGUGCUUUUGCUAGUGAUCCAAAGUUAUCAGAAGAAUUUAGUUAUUAUAUAAAUCUAGAUCAAAAACAAUUAAGUAUAGAUAAAUCUUUGGCAAUUGUACCACAAACUGAAGAAGAAGAUAAGAUUAUUGGAAUUGAUCUUGACAGUUUAACCACAGAUGAAACUGAUACACAUCUGUUAAUUUUUCGCGAUGAUACUUUAACUGUACAAAAUUUAGAUGGAAAUAGAUUAGAUUUGGACUCUAUGAAUCUAGAUUCUUCAAUUUUACCACACAGUAUUGUUGAAAAUAUAGAAGUAGAAUGCGAUCGCAGUUUAUUGGAUGAUAACAACAUAAUAUCACAAGUUCAUAAUUUAGAAGUAAUUGACCAAAAUACUGUUCAACUGGGAGGAAAUGCUAUAAAAAUAUUAGAUGAUCAAGGGACAAUUGAUACAAAAUAUAAUAUACUUAAUCAGUGCAUAUUAAAUGAUAAUAUAAAAAUAUUAGAUACAAGUACCUUAAAGGUUCUUGAUGCAAAUACUGCAGUUCUAGAUGUGAAUAAUGCAAAACUCAUUGAUAAUAAUGCUAUCCUAAAUAACAGUGGUGUUAAGAUAAUUGAAAAUACAAUAGUGCAUUAUGAUAAUAAAAGUAUAGCAAAUUCAGAGAGUACUGCGAUGCAACCAGUAAUUUCUACAAAACGAAAGAGGGACGAAAAGCCCGCGAACAGUAAUAGCUUAAAUUUAAACUCGAUCGAGUCGAGAAAGACGAAGACAAAAUCGCAAAUUACCAAAAAAUAUCAAAACACUUGCGACGAUUUGGACGAGAGUAACACGAGCUUGCCGUUUAUCAAGUGGCUUGCAUCUAUAACCGAACGAAUAAAUCAGACAAUGCAUUUCCAAUUUGAUGGCAAACCCGAUCCCCUGGUGUUUCACGUGCCGCAGAUAUUCUUUGAUUGUUUACGCGAACGAAUAUCAUGCGGUGGUAAAAAGAAACGUUUACCCAAUUCAACAACAGCGUUUGUUAGAAAGGACGGAGUACCUUUGGGAACAUUUACCAAAUACACGUGGCAGAUUACGAAUAUUUUGCAUGUAAAAAGUAUUUUCGAGACAUCGUACAUACCUCUGGAGAUUACGAGAAGUUUUGUGCAGAACGCGGACGGAACAUAUGAAUUAUAUAAACGAGAGGAGACUGAAAUAGAUCGUUACAAAAAGACGAAUAAUAAUGCGUUGAUUAAGCCGUUAGAGUUGAAAACAUAUUUGAAAGUGGGAAAUACUUCACCAAAUCAAGUCGAACCUACACCAUUUUUGAUAGAAUGGAUACCAGAUAUUUUGCCAAUUUCAAAGAUAGGUGAACUUAGGAUAAGGUUUGAAUUCGGCCAUGUAAAAAAUGAAACUAGUCAUAAAUGGAGAAAAAUUGCUGUUUCUAAAAAUUAUUAAAGCUUUCACUUUCGAAAUGUCGAUUUUUUAACAGAUUUUCACUUUUUUAUCAUGAAAAAUUAAAGAAAUAUCUGAUCACUAAGAAAUUACGAGAGAGAAGCAAAUAUUAAAUGUGCAACACUUAAUUUUAGAAUAAUUAAUAGAAUGACUGUCUAUUGAGGGGGUCGCGAACCCAAUGUUAGAAUUUAAAUAAAUUAUAUUGAUGGAAUUAAAUUAUUUUUAAGAAAUAAGUAAAUUUUAAUUGAACUAUAUACUCAUUGAUUAAACAAAUGAUAAGCAUAAUAUCUCUCUGUAGCGCAAACUUUAACUAACAUUUUAAAUCACUAAUUCAAAGACUGAUAUGUAAUUAUUAGUGGUACAUAGAGUUGAUCUAUAAAACAUUAAUAUUACUUUACAAUUACUGAAAAUUGUAAUUUUUUUUAUUAUUGUAUUACUUAUGCAGUGAUACAUAAUUGCCAAUGUCAGUUGUCCUAUCAACUACUUACUAUGUAGUUUUUACAAAUAUUUACAUUUUUAAUUUAUUUUAACGAGAAGAAUAUUGUGCGCAAGUAUCACUAUUAUAAAUUGUUAAUAUUAUCAAUAAUUGCCCUUUAUGCUGUAGCAUUUGAA